AUGUCCGCUGUUCAGACUAUCACGGUGCCCACCCAGCCCGAUAUUCAGUAUCACCCUGAAUAUGAAAAGUACAAGGAACGUACUCGUCGUCGAAAAGAAACCGAGACUUUGCAGUCCACUUUGCCUGCAAACUUCCCACAGAAGUUGGUAUCGCCGCUAGUCUGGGAAGGAAAGGAUGUUGAGAAACGGGAUGACUGGAUCUAUCAGCUGAGCGAUGACCAGCUGGAUGAGCUCGACGCUGCUUUGAAGAGAUUCAAAGCUCUCAAUCUUUCCUUGGGCCAUAUCAAUCAGUCGACUUUCCCUCUGCCGAAUCUUCGGCCUGUUCUUCGGGACCUUUCGAAGGAGAUCCACACCGGUCGAGGGUUCGUCGUUCUCCGGGGUUUGCGAAUCGAUGAUUACUAUCGAGAAGAAAACAUCAUUAUCUACACCGGCGUAUCUUCCCACAUCGGCAAUAUUCGAGGACGUCAGCAAGAAGCUCGACUGGCAGAUGGCACUUCGCCCGUGAUAUCCCAUAUCAAAGACCUCACCAGCACAGUCGAGAAGAGCCUAAUCGGGGCUCCUUCAAACACGGCUGAUAAGCAGGUUUUCCACACGGACGCUGGCGAUAUCAUCUCACUCCUCUGUCUGAACCGAGCCGCAGAAGGAGGAGAAAGUUAUCUGUCUAGCAGCUGGCAUGUGUAUAACAUCCUGGCGAAGGAAAGACCCGAUCUUAUUCACACUCUAUCUCAGGAUUGGCCAGUCGAUGGCUUUAAUAACCCAGCAAAGCCUUACAGCCUCCGCCCACUUCUAUACCACCAACCAGCCACUGCCACUACGCCAGAGAGAGUCCUAAUUCAGUAUGCAAGACGAUACUUCACCGGAUUCCUAGCUCAGCCCCGAUCGAAGGGUAUCCCCCCUAUUACGGAAGCACAGGCUGAGGCGCUCGACGCUUUACACUUCCUGGCGGAAGAGCACAGUGCCGCUCUUGAUUUCCAGAAAGGCGAUGUGCAAUAUGUGAAUAAUCUCAGUAUUUUCCAUGCACGCAAUGGGUUUAAAGACAGUCCCGGUAAAGAGCGUCAUUUAUUGAGACUUUGGCUGCGAGAUCCUGAAAAUGCAUGGGAAACACCCCAGGAGCUCCAAGACCGCUGGGAUAUAGUCUACAAAGAUGUUGUAGAGGAUAAGCAGGCGUUCCCAUUGGAGCCGGCAAUUCGCAGGAAUGUGGGAGCGUGA